AUGGAUCUCUUUUCUGGUGCCGAAUUAGCUUUUGGCGAAUCUUAUUUUAUACCUCGGAAUCCUAACAUUAUUAAAAUUACAACAGAUUUACCAGUAAAGACUGUUGUUAGUGCUGAAGUAGGGAAAUCUGCUGGCUCAUUUGCAUUUAACGAGAUUGGAUUGCAAAAUAGAUUUAUAAUUUGGCGUGCAGAUGGAACAAAUCUCUAUUUAAAUGAGUAUUCUAUUGACAAAGAUCUCAUUGACUCCUCACUUUGUUUUAAUUUUUCACAUUCUCUUAUUAUUCCUGGAACGCGUUUAUUUGUUGUUCGACAUAAAAUUUUCUUAAUUAUUGUACCAACACAGUCGGGUAUUCACCGUUUUUACAUUCAUUUGGAUAGAAACCAGGACGAUUCUUUAGGGAAUCUUUCUAUUCUAUGUCGAUUGCAUCAGUCUGGGGAACUUUAUGCCACUCACGAUUUUAAUGCUUGGAAAAGUCCUGGAAUUGCAACAAGUUUAUCUGUUGGUACUGACCAAAAUGGUUCAACUAAAGCAGUUGUUCGGAUGUUGGAUGGACCUGUUUUACGUAUUAUUUAUCCGUCUAUAAGUCCAAUGGCAACGGCUAUAGCAGAGGAAUAUUUACUUCAAGAUGUUGGAAUGCUUGCAUCAUUAUUUAAAAAACAACCGGUUGGUAUUUUUGAUGCAGCCGUUGUGACUAGUGAUUCUGGUGAAUUACGAAUUCUUAGCGUUUCACAUGAUGGAAAGAUUAGAGUUUUGGAUGCUUCAUCUGGAAAUAUUUUGUCAAUUUUUGAUUUAAUUGGACAAACUCCAGGGUUUACUUGUCGACAAAUUGAAGACAUUUCUCUUCGUGUUGUGCAACCUUCUCAUGGACAAAUAGGAAAAUCUGAGUUUUUGCUUGUUCAUUUACUUCUUUCAGGCGGCAGUCAUUUCUUUCUUUUAAAACAAAAUGGAAAGAAUAUAAAUGUUUGCUUUUCAACAUCACUUGAUUAUGUAAUUUUUUUAAAAAUUAUUCUUAAAUAUAUUUUUAUUUUUUUGAAGAUUUACAUUAAAGAUUUUACUGCAAGAAUUAUUUCCUCAAAUCUUUCCAAUAAUAAACAAGAGAAUUAUUGUAUUUGGGUUAUUGUCAAUGAACCACCAGAAAUUUGGGAUUCCGAUGAAGAAUUACAGCCAUAUACAUUAAUGAAAUGUGAAUUUAAUUCUUAUUUGGCUACUUCAGAAAAUCAACAAAGUUUUGUGUGGGAAAGUGUUCGUCCAGCUUCUUCUAGUUGUACUGCUGAUAAUCGACUUUUUAAAUAUCAAAACUCUGAAGGAAUAAAAAAUCGAAUUUUUGAUGGAAAUAAUUAUUCUUUUGAUGUUGUUAGUAGAGCUGUUCAGAUUGUUUGUAAACAACCACAACAUGGAAUUGAAUAUGGAAAUUGGAUUGCUUUAAGUCGUUUGCUAGAUGACUUUCUCUCUUCUGGACAACUUAAACAGCUUUAUCUUGAUAUUGGCGAUCCUGUUGAUGACACUGAAUUGUUACAUGAUGAAACAAAAAUUAAACAAGCAUAUGAAAAAUUUUGGGCAGAUUUUCUUAAAACAUGUGACCAACUUCAAGAAGAAAGUUUAGAGCCUUUAGCUUUUUGGCAUUCUGGAUCUACUGGUUUAAUUGGCGUCAUUCAGAAAUGUCGCUUUACAACUUAUUUACCUCCAGAUGAUCAAAUGCAAGCAAUUUGUAAACCAACAAAUUUAAUUGCCAAAUUAAUCUUUGAUAUAGUUCGUCCAAGCAAUCCUUCAAAAUUAAGCAAUCCAAAUAAAACUUCAGAAUUAGUAAAUAACAAUUCAGAUGAAGUUUGUCGUUUAAUUAGCAGUUUUGGUUCUCGUGCAUCUCCUUUAUUGACAAAAAAUCCAUGCAACUUGGUAAAGUUUCGUUCUCAUUUUCUUCAAUCAAAUUUUACUGUUGCUUUAAUUGCUAUGGCUUUUCGAACUGUAGUUUUGGCACGUCUUAAAAUUGCUUGUUUAAUUAAUAGUCUUGUUGAUGUUAUUCCACAAAUAUUGCUAAUUUCUUCUGAGGAUCGUUUAGAUCCAAAAUUGGCAAUGGUAAUUAGUACAUAUAAUAGUCGAGUGGCUCAAUCAAUUAAUUAUUACACUACUUUGUGGAUUGCUUUAUCUGUUCGUCUUGUUAGUCACGACAACAUUCCGAAACAAAUAAAUGUUGCCCAAGCAUUUUUAAAAUAUGGAGUAAAUGAUAAAUUUGUUAUGACUCAAAGACUAAUGAGUAGAGAAGAAGAAGAUAUAAUUGAUAAUGAAGCAAUUGCUAAUAGAAUUGUAGAUAAUCAAAUGAUGGAAGAUGACUUGGAAGACCCGGAAAUUAUUGAAAAUGACCAAUUUGAUGGAUUAGAUGAAGAUGAACAGUUUGACGAUGGAGAAUAUAUAACUCAUUCUGAUGACAUUUCCUAUAGUUCAAUGAUUCCAAAUAUGCAUUUAUUACCUCCGCCUUCGCGUUGGGAUGACACUGUUAUUAAAAACUCUCGUACAAAACAAGAGCAACAACAACAAAAUCAACAAAGUAGUUUUGGUCGUUUCUUUGCUGAUUUAAUUGAAGGAAUGUUAAAUGUUCUUUGGCCAGAAUCGCAUACUUUAACUUUGCCUUGUUUUUUGGCAGAAAGCAAUUUCUUUGAUGCUUUAAAAAAUUAUUGUUCUUUAAAUGAGCCAUUUCCAUCAGAAUUAAAUUAUUCUUUUCAAUUUCUUCAAGCAAUAGCUUGUUCUGGACAAAAUAAACCAGAAACUGCUUGGACAAUAUUUCAAGAAAUUUCGAAAGGAAUUGAAAAUGGAGAUGAAGUUUUGAAUAAAUUACUUUUUAAUUUAUAUCCAUCACCAUCUAUUAAUUUAUUAACAAAUAAUGGACAACAACAAAAUAAUAAUAAUUAUCCUAUUGAUGAGAGAACAAUAAAAAAUAAUAAUAAUAAACAUUCACUUGUUGAGUAUUAUAAUAAAAUUAUGUUUAUAUUUAAAGAACAUAAACAUUCUGAAUAUGUUAUUUUGGCUGGAAGUAUGGCUGUAAAACAUGCAAAUGUUGAUAGAGAUGAAUUACUUUUGUCAGAAGUUUAUGCAACAUUAUUUACUCAACAUUUAUUAACCAAAACUUAUUGGGAAGCUGUCCGUGCUGUUCUUCAAAAUCCAAAUAAAAACAGACAAUCUGUUUGUCUUUAUCAAUUAAUUACUCAUUUAUUGGAUACUCAACAAACAAAAAUUCUUGUUGCCCUUCCUUAUGGGGAAUUGGCAGAAAUGGUAGUUGAAAUACUCGAAGCUCGUUGUAAGGCAGAAAUGGUUGGAAGUGGAACUGGAAGUUAUAGUAUGUACAAUAUUGCAUAUGCUUUUCACAUAUCUAGAUGUGAAUAUAUUAAAGCUGCCAAAUUAAUGUAUGAACUUUCAAUUCGUUUAAGAAGCGAAAUUCAGGACCAAGCACUUUUACAAAGAAGAUGUAAUACUUUAGCGACAAUCUUUCAAACUAUACAAAUUUUUGAAAAUAAUAAAAAUGAUGGGGUUUUGAUUGUUUUGGAUGAUAUUGAAGAAAAGCAAAACAUUGACAGAGAGAAAUCACCAGAAGAGAUAGAUGAAGAAUUUGAAUUUGUUGAUACUGAUGGAAAUAUUAGUGAACCAAAUAAAAAACAACUUUUAAUUACAAAAGCAGACAUUUCUAGAGAAUUACUUAAAAUAGAAGCUAGACUUGCAUUAAUUGAUGCUGACCCAACAAUAGUUCCUCCUUUGGAAGAGGCUGGAAUUUUAUACGAAUCACUUCGUUAUAAACGUUAUGAUAUGGCUUGGCUAUUAAUAAAAGAAUAUGGAUUAAAGCCAAAUGAUUUAUUAGGUCAAAUUACGGAAGAAGCAAUUCGAAUUGAUAAUGAAUUAAAUAAUGAAUAUAUUAAAAAAGAAAUUAAUGAGAGUGAUAGACAAGAUGAGGAAGAAAAGUUGCCUGAAUGGGUUUUUUGUAAUUCAAAUUUUAUUAGAGAUUUAAGCAUUGGAGGAAAUCAAAAACCACAUUGGCGUAUUGUUAUUUCCUAUUUGGAUUUAUCUCUUAAACUAUCUCCCCACGAUUCUUCAAUUCUUCGGACAGUUGCUAAUGUUUUUCUUAAAUUUUCUAUAAAAUUGCCUGCUUGGCUUGUUCAAAAAUAUUCUGAAAUUAAUUUUGGUGAUUUACUUCGUUUAUUAAUUGAUUAUGGAGAUUUGUCAGAUGCAUUUUCAAUUUUAUUGGUACAAAUCGAAACAAUCAAAAAACAUUUAAAUGAGAAGACUGCACAACAAAUUAUUAUUAAUCCUUUGACAAAAAGUAGUGAAGGCCCAGAUGAAAUGCUUUCUUUAUUGCCAUUAGUUCAUAUUGAAAUGCUUUUUCAAAUUGCAGAAAAAGAUGAAAAUAGAAUGAAUUUGCCAAUUGCUGAGACGACAACAAAACUUAAGGAAUUUUAUGCUUAUCAUAGAGCAAUUAGCCGAAACCCAGUGAAAAAUAUUUGA